AUGACCUUAGAAUCACCCAAAGCAUGCAUCGCCUGCGGAUGGACGGCCGCACAACAACGGAAUUGCCACUAUUCCAGCCACGUCAAGCUCUUCUACGGCGCAAGCAAGCGGGGCGUAUGGUCAAUCGGAUCCGAUGUGAUCUUGAAAGAACGCCCAGACGACGAAACCCCAAAGACAGAAGUGACAACACUAAACCACCUUGCAACCCACCACCCCGAUAUUCCCGCUCCCCGGAUCUUGCGUGACUGGGUCGAUGGCGCAGGGACAUAUUUUGUACUUUCAGAGCGGAUACAUGGCCAGACGCUGGAGCAGGCUUGGUCUUCUUUAUCCGGAACCCAGCGAACGGACAUAGCGGAUCAACUUGUUGAACUUCGCAAGCGACUACGAUCUAUCACGUCACCGUCUAUACAGUGCGUUGAUGGAAGUCCUGCUUACCCGGCUUUACUUUUCUCUGGCUUUAACCCUCACCGGUCUUUUCACUCUGACCUCGAGCUCUGGGAUGCUCUCAGCUUGACCCUUCCAAAUUCGCUACCGCAACGAGCCUUGGAGAAUCUGAAGGAACGUCUGCCUAAAUGCGCACCCUACGUCCUUACUCAUUGUGAUCUCAAUCUAGGGAAUAUCAUAGUCAAAGAUGGAGAAGUUGUUGGACUUCUUGAUUGGGAAUAUGCGGCUUAUUACCCUAUAUGGUACGAAUAUGUUUCAGCAUCUUGGGGGUGGACUGAGGAGGAUGCCGCGUGGAAAAAGCUGCUACAGGAGCGCUUCGAUGCGCAUGGCGAUGGGCAUGGUGAUGCGAAGCAUUUCUGGACGGAUUUGCGCCAGUUGAGAAAGUAUCCGGAUUUGGAUUUAAAGGGUCAAGAACUGUUGGAGAGAGUGUUGGCUGCAGAGUAG